CAUCAAAAGAAGACGGUGGGAGCAGGAGAUGCUGUUUUGGAAAGAAGUAAGGUUUAGACUUCUCCAUGUUAACCAUGAGUGUGACACUUUCCCCCCUGAGGUCACAAGACCUGGAUCCCAUGGCUACUGAUGCUUCACCCAUGGCCAUCAACAUGACACCCACCGUGGAGCAGGGUGAGGGAGAAGAGGCCAUGAAGGACACAGAUUCCGACCAGCAGUACGAAAAGCCACCCCCACUACACACAGGGGCUGACUGGAAGAUUGUCCUCCACUUACCUGAAAUUGAGACCUGGCUGCGGAUGACCUCAGAGAGGGUCCGGGACCUAACCUAUUCAGUGCAGCAGGACUCGGACAGCAAGCACGUGGAUGUGCACCUAGUGCAACUAAAGGACAUUUGUGAAGAUAUUUCUGAUCAUGUUGAACAAAUCCAUGCCCUCCUGGAAACAGAGUUCUCCUUGAAGCUGCUGUCUUACUCCGUCAAUGUGAUUGUGGACAUUCACGCAGUGCAACUCCUCUGGCACCAGCUCCGAGUCUCAGUGCUGGUUCUGCGGGAGCGCAUUCUGCAAGGUCUGCAGGACGCCAAUGGCAACUACACCAGGCAGACAGACAUUCUGCAAGCUUUCUCAGAAGAGACCAAGGAGGGCCGGCUUGACUCUCUAACGGAAGUGGAUGACUCAGGACAGUUAACCAUCAAAUGUUCUCAGAAUUACUUGUCUCUGGAUUGUGGGAUCACUGCCUUCGAGCUGUCCGACUACAGUCCAAGUGAGGAUCUGCUCGGAGGCCUGAACGACAUGGCCUCCACCCAGGUCAAGGCCAAACCCUUUGACUCUUGGAGCUACAGUGAGAUGGAAAAGGAGUUCCCGGAGCUUAUCCGAAGCGUUGGGUUACUUACAGUGGCUCCUGACGCCAUCCCUGCCGAUGGCAGUGAAGCAGUUAGUGAGGAGGCGCCUCAAGUAUCUCUUCCAGCGGACUCCCAGGGUGGCCGCGAGGAAGACGGCGCUUCUGCAGCCGAAGAGCAGCCAGGCCUGACAUCGGGCGUGGCGGCCUCGGUGCACGCCCUGACCAGUGCUGUGCAGUCUCCUCCUCCGGAGGCUGCGAAGCAAGAGUCCACUUCCUCCUCCCAGCCUGGUGCAAAGAACCAACAGCCUCUUGGUGAGAAUGCAACCCCGAAGCGAUCCAUCAGAGAUUGCUCUGACUAUAAUGAGGAUUCUCCCACACAGCCCACAUUGCCAAAAAGAGGGCUUUUCCUGAAGGAGGAACAUUUUAAGAACAGUCUGAGAGGCAGUGACAGAAAGAAGCACAUGGCUGAUCUGAAGCCCGAGAUGAGCAGAAGCACCCCCUCGCUGGUGGACCCGCCCGACAGAUCCAAGCUUUGCCUGGUGUUACGGUCUUCCUACUCCAACAGCCCUUCCGCUGCCAGCCAGUCCUAUGAGUGUUUGCACAAGGUGGAGGAUGGGAACAUGGAAAACACAGUCCAAAGUCAUAUUAAGGAAAUCUCUUCCAGCCUGGGCAGGCUCAGUGACUGCCACAAAGAGAAACUUCCGCUUAAAAAGCUACACAAGACCUCAGAAGAGGCGCCUCUGUGCCGAACACCCAAGCGGGCAGCUGGUUCAGGCAAGAAAGCUGAAAACACGAAGAGCUCAGUGGUACCCAAUGGACUGCCUUCUGGUGCUUCCAAGGCCCCAGAGGGACCAGAAACAGAUUCAGCUUCCACCUCCUCCCUGGAGCUGGGUAACCAGAGAAGCCGGAGAGCCAAGCGGCCAGUGCAGUCAGAGACAUCCCACUCACCACCAUUCACUCAGAGCAGCGACUCCCUCAUCGGCUCAGACAGCUCGUCUCCCAUACCCCUGCUUUCAAAACACGAAAGCAAAAAAGAUUACUCCUCUUCCCCAAGUCACGUCACCAGGAACGGUCAGGUCGUGGAGGCCUGGUACGGCUCCGAUGAAUACCUAGCACUGCCCUCCCACCUUAAGCAGACAGAAGUAUUAGCUCUCAAGUUGGAAAACCUAACAAAGCUUCUGCCUCAGAAACCCAGAGGAGAGACCAUUCAGGAUAUUGAUGACUGGGAAUUGUCUGAAAUGAAUUCAGACUCUGAGAUCUAUCCGACAUACCAUGUCAAGAAGAAACACACAAGGCUGGGCAGGGUGUCCACGAGCUCAUCCAGUGACCUAGCCUCCUCACUGGGAGAGAGCAUUGAAUCUGGGCCCCUGAGUGACAUUCUUUCUGAUGAGGAGUUGUGCAUGCCUCUCUCUGGCUCGAAAAACUACACUGACAGGAAGUCAGAGACAGCCUCUUCCUCCGAGAAAAAUGAGAGCCAUUCUGCUGCAAAAGCUGCUUUAAUUCAGAAACUAAUGCAAGAUAUUCAACAUCAAGACAACUACGAAGCCGUGUGGGCAAAAAUAGAGGGGUUUGUCAACAAACUAGAUGAAUUCAUCCAGUGGUUACACGAAGCCAUGGAAACCACUGAGAAUUGGACUCCCCCUAAAGCAGAGACUGACGGCCUUAAACUGUACCUGGAGACGCACUUGAGCUUUAAGUUGAACGUAGAUAGUCACUGUGCUCUCAAGGAAGCCGUGGAGGAGGAAGGACACCAACUUCUCGAGCUCAUUGCAUCCCACAAAGCAGAAGGCCUGAAGGAUAUGCUGCGGAUGAUCGCCAGUCAGUGGAAGGAGCUGCAGAGGCAAAUCAGACGGCAGCACAGCUGGAUUCUGCGGGCUCUGGAUGCCAUCAAAGCCGAGAUCCUGGCUACUGAUGUGUCUGUGGAGGAUGAGGGAGGCACUGGAAGCCCCAAGGCUGAGGCUCAACUAUGCUACCUGGAAGCACAAAGAGAUGCUGUUGAGCAGAUGUCCCUCAAGCUGUAUAGUGAGCAGUACACCAGCAGCAGCAAGAGAAAAGAAGAGUUUGCUGAUAUGUCAAAAGUUCAUUCACUGGGAAGCAAUGGGCUUCUGGACUUUGAUUCAGAACAUCAGGAGCUCUGGGAUUGGCUGAUUGACAUGGAGUCCCUUGUGAUGGACAGCCACGACCUGAUGAUGUCAGAGGAGCAGCAGCAGCAACUUUACAAGCGAUACAGUGUGGAAAUGUCCAUCAGGCACCUGAAAAAGACGGAGCUGCUGAGUAAGGUUGAAGCUUUGAAGAAAGGUGGCGUUUUACUACCAAAUGAUCUCCUUGAAAAAGUGGAUUCAAUUAAUGAAAAAUGGGAACUGCUUGGGAAAACCCUUGGAGAGAAGAUCCAGGACACAAUGGCAGGGCACAGUGGGUCGGGCCCACGUGACCUGCUCUCUCCUGAAAGCGGAAGCCUGGUAAGGCAGCUGGAGGUCAGGAUCAAAGAACUGAAAGGGUGGCUAAGAGAUACAGAGCUUUUCAUCUUCAAUUCCUGUCUGAGACAAGAAAAGGAAGGAACAAUGAAUGCUGAGAAACAACUGCAAUACUUUAAGUCCCUCUGUCGGGAAAUCAAGCAGCGUCGCCGAGGAGUGGCCUCCAUCCUGCGAUUGUGCCAGCAUCUCCUGGAUGACCGGGACACCUGCAAUCUGAAUGCAGACCACCAGCCCAUGCAGCUGAUCAUCGUAAAUCUUGAAAGAAGGUGGGAAGCCAUUGUCAUGCAAGCCGUCCAGUGGCAAACGCGGCUACAAAAGAAGAUGGGCAAGGAAUCUGAAGUUCUGAAUGUGAUUGAUCCUGGCCUGAUGGACCUAAAUGGCAUGAGUGAGGAUGCCCUGGAAUGGGAUGAAAUGGACAUAAGCAACCAGUUAAUUAGUUUGAAUGAAGACUCAAAUGACCUUGACCAAGAACCCCAACCUGUCCUGCCUUCCUUGAAGCUUGAAGAGACAAGUAGUGAGGACCCUGGUUAUGAAGAGGAGGCGGGUGACCACGGGGGAUCUCAGUAUGCCACCAAUGUUACCGCCCCCUCCAGUCCACACAUUUACCAGGUGUAUAGCCUACACAAUGUUGAACUCUACGCAGACAGCCACAUGCCGUUUCUGAAGAACAACCCGAAGUUCACUGGCAUGACACAGCCCAGUGUUUUAACCAAGAGUCUCAGCAAAGACUCCUCAUUUUCAUCCACCAAAUCUUUGCCAGAUCUUCUAGGGGGUUCCAACUUGGUAAAGCCCUGCUCAUGCUAUGGAGGAGACAUGAGUCAGAAUUCAGGCAGUGAGAGUGGAAUCGUCAGUGAAGGAGACACUGAAACCACGACCAACUCUGAAAUGUGUUUGCUCAAUGCAGUGGAUAGGUCCCCCAGUAACCCUGAAACUGAACAUCUGGACCCACAAAUGGGAGAUGCAGUUAACGUGUUAAAGCAAAAAUUUAAAGAUGAGGAGGGAUGCAUUAAACUUCCAAAUAGCUCUCAGUCAUCCAUUUCACCAGUGGGUUGUGUAAAUGGAAAAGUUGGAGAUUUAAACAGUGUUACCAAACAUACCCCUGAUUGUUUGGGAGAAGAAUUACCAGGAAAACAUGAUGUGUUUACAUUUUAUGAUUACUCAUACCUCCAAGGCUCAAAACUCAAAUUACCAAUGAUAAUGAAACAGUCACAAAGUGAAAAAGCACAUGUGGAAGAUCCCCUUCUUCGUGGUUUUUAUUUUGAUAAAAAAUCCUGCAAAUCUAAACAUCAGGCUACAGAGUUACAAUCAGAUACACCUCCCCAUGGAAGGAUCUUGGCAAGUGCAUCCCAUGAAAUGGAUCGCAAUUUGUAUAAAAGUGGUGAACUAGAGAAGACACUCACGGGCAUGCACAACGCCAAACAGCUCUCCCUCGUGUCUCGCAGUUCAUCUAUUGAGUCUGUUUCUCCAGGGGGGGAUUUAUUUGGAUUGAGCAUCUUUAAAAAUGGCAGUGACGGCCUCCAGCGAAGCACUUCGUUAGAAAGUUGGUUGACAUCCUAUAAAAGCAAUGAAGAUCUUUUCAGCUGCCAUAGCUCUGGGGACCUAAGUGUGAGCAGUGGUUCAGUUGGUGAGCUGAGUAAAAGGACAUUAGAUCUCCUGAAUCGUUUGGAGAACAUCCAGAGCCCCUCGGAGCAAAAGAUGAAGCGAAGCGUCUCUGACAUCACUCUCCAGAGCAGUUCCCACAAGAUGUCCUUCACUGGCCAGACGUCCCUGGACAUGGCCUCUUCCAUCAACGAAGACUCGGCGGCAUCUCUUACAGAACUGAGCAGCAGUGAUGAGCUCUCCCUUUGCUCAGAGGACAUUGUGUUGCACAAGAACAAGAUCCCAGAGUCGAAUGCAUCAUUCAGGAAGCGCCUGAACCGCUCGGUGGCUGAUGAAAGUGAUGUCAAUGUCAGCAUGAUCGUUAAUGUCUCUUGCACUUCGGCGUGCACGGACGACGAAGACGACAGCGACCUCCUCUCCAGCUCCACACUCACCUUGACGGAAGAAGAGCUGUGUAUCAAAGAUGAAGAUGACGACUCCAGCAUCGCCACGGAUGAUGAAAUUUAUGAAGACUGCACCUUGAUGUCAGGGCUGGACUACAUAAAGAACGAACUGCAGACCUGGAUUAGGCCUAAAUUGUCCUUGGCAAGAGAUAAGAAACGGUGUAAUGUCAGUGAUGAAGGGAAGGGCAGUAAAGAUGUGAGUAGCAAUGAGAUGACCCAUCCCUCUGAUACCCUGAACAUUGAGGCCCUCCUGAAUGGCUCCAUAAAACAUCUCUCUGAAAAUAAUGGAAAUGCUAAGAACGCACCCCAUACCUGUGAGUUAGGGACAAAGGGUGAAAAUAAGAAAACCAUUUUCAAAGUUAAUAAAGAUCCAUAUGUGGCGGAUAUGGAAAAUGGCAACAUUGAAAGCACUCCAGAAAGGCAGAAGGGCAAAAUGAAUGGGAUUGCAAAGGGAUCGGAAAAUCUUGGUUCCAAUGAGGAAAAGAUCUCAGAGAGUGAACCCUGUAAGUGUUCAGCAUUCAUGGAUAGUUCGGGUGGUUCGAGUGUUGCUGGAAAGGACUUUGUUCCCCAAACUGUCAGACAUCUUUCAAAGAAAUGUCAAGAUCACCCCCAUUUUGAAAAUCAAAGUGCUGAUUCCACUCCUACUGAGCAGUCUUGCCCAGAACUAGCUGUAGAAAGCAGAGUUAACAACAGACAAGACUGUGAUGUUCCCAAAUCUUCAUCUAAUGACACAUCAAGUUCGGCUGCAAAAUCUGCUGGCUGCUGCCUAGCACUUGAACAAAACGAUACUGAGGAAAAUGCUUCUCUCAGCGAUGGCACUUCCUGUUGCAACUGUGAGACAGAUGUUCUCCAUCACAAAGAGGCUGAAGACUGCUCAGUACAUGACUUUGUGAAGGAAAUCAUUGGCAUGGCUUCUACAGCCCUAAAAAGUAAAUCCCAACCUGAAAACGAGGUGGCUGCUCCCACUUCAUUAACUCAGAUCAAGGAGAAGGUGUUGGAGCAUUCUCACCGACCCCUCCAGCUGAGAAAAGGAGACUUUUAUUCCUACUUGUCUCUCUCAUCUCAUGACAGCGAUUGUGGGGAGGUCACCAAUUACGUAGACGAGAAAAGCAACACUCCAUUGCCGCUGGACACUGCAGACUCCGGCUUAGAUGAAAAGGAAGACAUUGAAUGUUUCUUUGAGGCCUGCGUUGAGGAUGACCGUGAUCGAGAGGAGCCCUGUUUCUCAAGUGCUCCUCCCAGUGAAUCCCCAGUUCCUGAGAAAGCUACAGGGCCCCUACAAGCUCCAGCAAGCUCUCCUAAGACCAGGGAUCCUUGUCUCUUAGCUGAUGGUGCAGACACGUUGGCUCUUUCAAGGCCUGCCCCUCAGAAAGAAAUGAGUGUCAGAAAGGAAGUGGAUGGUUUACCCCAAACUUCCAAAAGCGACACAGAAAGCUCAGAGCUGACUGCUUCAGGACGAGGUGAUGCAAAGGAGAGUGCAGGAAAAGCAAGUACAUCUGGAACGCUAGAAGAACACGAUGCUACGGCAGCCAGAUCUGAAGUUGAAGACCUCUCCUUGCAAAAACACCAGGCAAAAGCCAAGACUGCGUUGCCUCCCAGCCCCAAAGCUAUAAUCUGUAAAGAAAAGCUUCUCAACAUUCAUGAAGUACGACACAGAAAUAUGCAUAGAUAGAAUGUGUGCCCCCAGCAUGGAAAUCAUCUCACGAAAGAUAAGCCUGGCUGCAUCUCAGGGGUGGCCCCAUCCUCCUGCCCUGGGCUGGUCUCCGGUUGCAUCCCGUUGUCACUGCCGUACGUUACAUGGACUUCCCGAGAUGAAGCUUCCUCCUGAUGCUGUCUGUCCACUGAGCCUUGGGAUCCGGAUGCGUGUGCCGGUUCUCCUAGGUGACCGUCUUUGAAGCUGAGCAGAGCUGCUCGUUCCUCCCGUGGAGCCCCUGUCCCAAGCUACCUCUGCCACCCACCCCCUCCUGCCAGCCACUUCUGUUUGUCUCCUCUCCCCACCCCAUCUGCUCUUUAAACUUCUGCAGUUCACCGAAUUGAUGGUCCAUUCAAUUCACUUGUCUGGAAUGCCCCCCCACCCCCCA